AUGGCAGACUCAGAUUUUCCAUUCUACAGACCCGGAAGAUCCGACUACGAUGACAGUAUCAGACCAUCGUUGGAUCUAAAGAGGAACAAAAGAGUCGACGAUGACAAGUUCACUUUGGGUCGAAGGGGGAUUCUGGUCUUCUUUACGUUGUCUGUUCUCACAUUGAUGGCUGCUCUGGAUGGGACAUCGCUCUCUGUGGCUCUUCCUGAAAUUGCACAAGAACUCCACGGAACAGCCAUUGAGGCAUUCUGGAGUGGGACUUCGUUCCUAUUAUGCUCAACCGUAUUCCAACCAAGCUUCGCUUCAUUCUCCAACAUUUUCGGCCGCAGACCCAUGAUCCUGCUUUCCCUGGUCUUCUUCACCGUUGGCGCCAUUCUAUGCGCAAUCGCAAAUGACUUCACAUACAUGUUGAUCGGACGGUCGAUUCAAGGUGUCGGCGGAGGAGGCAUCAUCUCCCUAAGCGAGGUGAUCAUCACCGAUCUCAUCCCGCUGCGCUGGCGAGGACAGUACUUUGGGAUCCUCAGCGCAAUGUGGAGUGUCGGAUCCGUUACAGGGCCAAUUCUUGGAGGUGGAUUCUCCGAGAAUGUAUCAUGGCGCUGGAUCUUCUACAUAAACUUCCCCUUCAUCGGCGUCGGCGGCAUCCUCGUCAUCCUAUUCCUAAACCUCAAACUCGCCCCGUCCUCCCUAACCGAGAAACUUCGCCGAAUCGACUAUUUCGGCACCGUCCUCUUCGUCGGAAGCAUGUCAUCCUUCCUCAUCCCCCUAAGCUGGGGCGGCGUAUCCUACGACUGGGACUCAUGGCGAACCCUAGUCCCACUCUGUGUCGGCGUAGCCGGUCUACUCAUCUUCGGAUACUACGAAUACCGCUUCGCCUCCGACCCGAUUAUCCCACCGCGGGUCUUCCAGAACCAAACAGCAGUCGUCUCAUUCAUCGGAAGUGUCCUGCAAGGUCUAAUCCUCUGGUGCGCUCUGUAUUACCUUCCACUGUACUACGAGGCUGUCAAAGAAUACAGUCCUAUUCUCUCGGGUGUUGCUCUUUUCCCUGAGACUUUUACGGUGGCGCCUAGUGGGAUGGUUGCUGGCAUACUGAUUACACUUACGGGUCGGUACAGAUGGGCUGUGUGGCUUGGAUGGGUUCUGUCGACUGUCGGACUGGGUCUGAUGUGUCUGAUCAAAGUACACACCAGUGUCAUCGGAUGGGUAUUCUUGAAUAUCGUCCCUGGUCUCGGAUUGGGAAUCUUAUUCCCGUCGCUCGGGUACGCAGUACAGGCCUCGUCAGAACCAAAAGACCUGGCUAUUGCAGUCGCCAUGUUUAGUUUCUUCCGUGCUCUGGGCCAGGCAAUUGGCGUUGCGGUCGGUGGUGUGGUGUUCCAGAAUCGCAUGUUCAGCAAUCUGAUGAAAUACUCCGCGUUAGCACCUAUGGCGGGGGCUUAUAGCAAGGAUGCUGCGGGUUUGGUGCAAGUUAUCAAGGCUAUGGCCGAUGGGACGGAUAAGGCUAAUCUGAAAGAAGCUUAUACGGACAGUCUUCGUACGGUGUGGGUUGUUUGUUGUGCGGUGAGCGGUGUGGCGCUGUUGAUUAGUCUCUUGACUGAACAUUAUGAUCUUGAUCGUGCUUUGGAGACGAAUCAGGGUUUGCUUGAUGAUGAUGAUGAGGUGAGGAGCGAGAAGGACUUUGAAUUGAGGGUGGAGAGGUCGAUGGUUACUGAGUCGAGGCCUUGGGCGUGGUAG